UUGUAGAUGUGGUGUUGGUUUGGUUGAUCGAUGGUUGUUAGUCUAACAUAAAGUUGAAAUGCAAACGUUGAACAAUUGCUUGCGUAAAACAGCUAAAUUAGCUAGAAUAAAUGAAGCCCUAGUGUCGAGUGGUGCCACUGUGAUGUCCCGUGGAAUUCCAGCUAUUCUAUCAAAAUUUCCUCCUGGAAAUAGCACUUCCAAAAUUCAUAAUAAAAGGUGGAAAAAAGAUGUCAUUUAUCUGUAUCAGUUCAGUCGAGCUUCAUCAUCUCCCAAUAUUUCACCGUUUUGUUUCAAAAUUGAGACCUGGUUACGAGCAAAAGAACUGAAACAUGAGCUACGGAGUUACUGGGAUUUUCAACCGUGGGAAAGAUAUUUUCCAUUCGUGGAAUUAAACGGAAAGAAAAUUUCCGAUUCACAGGUCAUCAUGGAGCAACUGCAGAAGCAUUUCAAUUUAAGUGAUGAGUUGGGAGGAGUUGAUAUUGGCGUUGCGCGGGCUAUUGAUCAGAUGAUUGAACGCAGUACGCAUUACUUGUUGCUUUAUUUCAUAUUCGUAGAAAAUUUGCCUAAAUUUCUGCAAGGAUUGGAAUCAUCGUUAAUUAAGCGAUGGUUUAUUCGUGGUACGAUAUCUCCUUUCCAUAGCAAGGUACGUCGGAUAUUCAUGGAUUUGGGCCUUAGUAAAUGUUCACGAAAUGAUCUUAUCAAUAUGCUACAGAAAGAUAUUGCUGCGAUUGAUGUAAUCUUAGACGAUAAAAAAUUCUUGUUUGGUGUGAAACCAACUGCGUCUGAUUUUACGGUUUUUGGACAUUUGGCUGCAUCAUAUUAUCUACCAUUUCGUCAGCCAAUAUCGGAUAUAUUGGAUGAUAAUUAUCCGCGAGUCAAGAGAUUGAUUGAGCGAAUGCGACAACAUUAUUAUCCGGAAUGGGAAUUUAACACGUAAGACAGCAAACACAUAUUUGUUAAACAUGUGCUGCACCGUUGAUGGGAAUUUUGUAUGCAAUCCUUUAUUCAUCUUGAUAUGGUAUAGACUGAACUUUUCUAGUUAGCCCGUGUUAUCGUUUAUGGUACUUGAGCUCUAUGCUUGUUCAAAUUCACCAUUUAUUUUGCAGAAUCAUUAAAGUGAUACUUCUUUCUGUUCGAAAAGCACUUAGUCUUGAAGUUUUUCUAGAAAUUAGAUCUUCAUUAUAUUAUACGACCAUUUAGACUUAUUGUAUUUUGAUGUUGUAACAUAGCCUUCG